GAAGUGAUGCAAGUAUGCAACCCGUAUCAGUCUCGCGUCGCCGGUAAAAGGUGCUGCUUGUGCUUGUUGCACAUGCUACGCUACUGUUACUCCGGACUUUGCAAUAGGAAAACCGGUAAAUAAAUACUUUACAGUGUUCUUUUCGCCUUCGAAACGAGAAGUUCAUAUACGUGACCCAGAAACGUGUAAACGUGCCGCGGUAUAGAAUUUCGGCUAAAUGUCUUGUGUCAUUCAAAAGAGAUAGUCGCAUCGACUUUCACUCCGAAAAUCAGUUCACUUGCGCGCGGCAUCGCUGCGUAUUGACUGUGCGCGAGUUUCUAUAAAACUGUGAGAUGAUUCUCAUCCUCAUAGGAUUCCUGCUGCUGGGCACAGCCAAUGCAGCACCACAAAUAACUUUCAAUCGAACAGAAUUGGAGAUUCAUAUGGAUGAUGUUACCUCUGUUCCAUUCACUAUUGAAGGCCUGACCAGUGGUGUCUCUAGAGUUAAUUUGACUGCUAUUAGCUCCGACUGGAAUCUCGUUCAAGUCAGUGCCCCUAUAUUUGAUCCUGCAUUAAUUCAGAAUGGGGUCUACAAAAGUUUUGUUAAUACUACUGGGAUCUUUCUUGGCAAUGCAGAAGUUUCGCUGUUUCUCAGUAUUAAUGGGGAAGCAGUGAAAUCAGAUGUAAUAAAUAUUAUUGUUAUUAGAAAAGUUAGGGUAGUAGAUACUCUGUUCACGGCUAGUGUGGCUAUAUUAGUUUCUAUUCUGUAUAUAAAUUUUGGAUGUGCUAUGGACUGGGAUGUCUGCAUAAAAACAAUAAAAAGACCUAUUGGUCCUUUGAUUGGUUGUUUAUGCCAAUUUAUACUCAUGCCAUUGAUAAGUUAUGCUCUUGCCAUUAUAUUGUUUCCUGAUUCUCCUGAAAUGCAGCUGGGAAUUUUUUUCACUGGUAUUAGUCCUAGUGGAGGUGCUUCCAACAUCUGGACCAUACUACUAGGUGGUAAUUUAAAUUUGUCAGUGACAAUGACAACUUUAUGCACAAUUGCUGCCUUUGGAUUGAUGCCUAUGUGGAUCUUUACUUUAGGAAAGCAUAUAUUUGAACGAGGCAAUUUAGUAAUGCCAUAUAAUAAAAUAGCUACUUUUGCGAUCGGGCUUAUAGUACCUUUGGGACUAGGAUACUUAAUUCAGAAAAAAUUACCUAGGGUAUCAAGGAUUCUAGUUCGCAUAAUGAAACCUUUCUCUGUACUUCUCAUUAUUUUUAUCAUAAUUUUUGCCAUUGUCACUAACAGUUAUUUAUUCAAACUAUUUUCAUGGAAGAUCAUUAUAGCAGGAAUGGGAUUACCGUGGUUAGGCUUUAUUUUUGGUUUAAUUGUGGCAUUUAUAUGUCGACAACCUGAUCAAGAUAUUCGAGCUAUAGCCAUUGAAACUGGCAUUCAAAAUACAGGUGUUUCUAUAUUCCUACUUAGGUUUAGUUUAACACAACCUGCUGCUGAUCUAACUACAGUUGUUCCAGUAUCUUGUGCAAUCAUGACUCCUCUCCCAUUGACAAUUUUGUACAUAAUAAAACUUGUGCUAGAUCGGAGGAAGACUAAACUAGCUGCUUCAAGAGAAAAAUUACAAAAUCCUCAAACUUUUGUAGCAGUCCCAGCUGCUAAUUCGUCAACCAGAUUGAAUCAAACGACGUAACAAGGAAAUCAACAAACUCGAAAAAUGUUUGAGAAAUUUCCAGUUUCUGUUAAUCACAAAGUGACGCAAUAAGGAAAGUGUGUAUAUUAGAUUUGCAAAUGUGGGAUAUCCCACCAAUGAUAUCACUGAUUGGAAUACUUAUUGAUGUACAAAAUAGUUAACUAGUUUAAUUGCAUCACGGAUUGUAUUUAGGUUUUAUAAGUAGAUCAUUAGAAUGAUCUGAAGAUAUAUAUUAUUUAUCAACAAAUAUCAUUACUUAAUCGAUGAGUUUUUUAUCUUCUAGCAUAAAGCUUCAAAUAUUACAUUAAUUUUGCAUUUAUAUUGUUUUUUUUUAUUUUAUACAAAUUUAUUAUGUCAGUUUAUACAUUUAUAAAUAGUAAUAAGAGUUAGUUCUGUUUGUAAUGUUUGACAGGGUUGUUGCAAAUAAUUAAUAUAAAAAUUAAAAGAACAAAGUUUUAUGAAAACUUUGUAAACUUGUUUAUUGUUAUAUGAAUAAUUUAUUUAUGGAAUUUAUUUAUAUAUGUAUAUAAAAUAUGCAUACUGUAUAUAAAUACUUACAAAGCGUUAAAAUGAAAAGUAGUGGCUUUCUGAAAUCGUUAUUUUGUAAACAAUGAAAAUAAAAAUUUUUUAAUAGUA